UAAUGUAUACCAUUUUACAUUCUUUUUUAUUUUAAAUUUAAUCAUUCUACGGGUUAUACUUGCGUUUAAAAUGUUAGGUAAAAUAUUAAUUUUUACAUUUUUUACUUCGUUAGUUACAAGUCAGCAAAAUGAGUGUGUUAUAACAGAAUUUUCCCAAGUGGAAACAGUGGUUACUCAUUGUACUAACAUAAUAAUAACAAAUCUUACUGUUCCUGCUGGAGAAGCACUAAUACUUGAUUUGCAGGAUGGAUCGAGAGUUUUGUUUGAAGGAAACAUCAUAUUUGAGGUAGCUUACUGGUUAGGACAUCUUGUGCAAGUUACUGGAAACAAUGUCUUAGUUGAAGGGGCACCAGGCAGUAUAUUAAACGCACAAGGUGAAAAGUACUGGGAUGGUAUGGGAGGAAACGGUGGCGUUACUAAGCCAAAAUUUUUUAACAUUGCUACCAGUGGUGGAUCUGUUUUCAGAAAUAUAUAUUUACUAAACUGUGCCCAUUUUUGUGUUAGAGUUGCUGCCAAUGACACUCAUUUGUACGGAUGGACCCUUGACGUGAAUGCAGGCAAUUUAAAUGGAGGUUUAAACACGGACGGCUUCGGUAUUUCACACGCCAACAAUGUCAUCAUAGAAGAUUCAGUUGUGAUGAAUCAAGAUGAUUGCGUAGCAGUCACCUCUGGUAACAAUCUGACAUUCAGAAACUUGCAAUGUUAUGGAUCUCAUGGAUUAAGUUUCUCGAUGGGAAGCAGUUCAAUGGAUAAUGAUAAUGGUAUAACUAAAAAUGUAACUUUCAGAGAUUGCUUGGUGGCAAAUGGACUCUACGGUAUCCAUUUAAAAACUAAAAGAGGAAGAGGACUGGUCACUGAUGUUACUUAUGAAAAUAUUAAACUUUCUGGAAUCACGGAAGAUGGCAUUUACAUAAAUCAAGAUUACAUGGACAUAGGAAACAUAAGACGCCCUUUUAAAAUAAAAAAUUUGAAGAUUUCUAACGUAUACGGAUCUAUAAAUGGAAACCUUGCUAGACCCGUUCAUAUAGUUUGUAAUGAGGAUACUUGCUCUGAUUGGAAUUGGUCUGAUAUUAAUAUCAUAGGAACAGGAAGAAGCUAUUGUAAUUAUUUACCUUUAGGGUUUUCUUGUUGACUUUUAGUAAUAAAAAUAUCAUACUUUUAUAUA